AUGGUUCAACUCGCCCACAUUUUCAAGAAAGACAAGGACAAGGAAAAGGAAAAGGAGGAGAAAAUCAAGAUCAAAGAAAAGAACAAGUACAAGAACAAGAACAAUAUCCGAGAAGAUAUUACCAUCUCCCCUCCAUCAUCCCCAAGAGCCUCCGCCUUCGACUCCGCGCGCAAAUCGCCCUCCAAAAAGUCUUCUCCCUCUCCGAAAAAGUCCCCCUCCAAGACUUCUCCCUCCAAAACUCGCUUCUCUCACAGUCACUCCUCUUCCACCUCGACCCCGGCUACUUCCUUUAAAUUCCGUCGGUCUUCGCGAGACCAAGAUCUCCACCCUCUCAAUCUCCCGCCCGACGAACUACACCGUCGUCUUUCGGCCAUGGCGGACCAACGCAGUUCGAUGGACAUCGAUACCCCAGAUUCAACUGGCACUUCCGAUGAGGCCGAGUCCUUCAAGUUGGCCGGUAACAAGUUCUUCAAGGAUGGCAACUACAAGCGUGCCAUUGAAGAGUACAACAAGGCCCUCGAAAUUAAUCCCAACUCCUCUGCUUUCCUGUCCAACCGUGCCGCCGCCCACAUGUCCGACAAGAACUACCUGAACGCCCUCGAGGACAUCGAACGAGCCAACGAACUCGACCCCACAAACCCCAAGAUCAUGCACCGUUGGUCCAAGAUCCUGGUAAGCCUCGGUCGGCCCACCGAAGCUCUGGACGUUCUCUCCCGGGUCGAACCCCCGGCCACAGCGACCGACCGGGCUCCCGCCGAGAGCAUGCUCAAGUUCGUCAAGCAAGCCGAAGACACCUUGGCCGAGGACCGCGGAGGCUCGAUGGCCAUCUUCUGUCUGGACAAUGCCCGCAAGGGCCUGGGUUUGGGCGUGAAGGAGCCACGGAAGUGGACGCUGCUGACCGCCGAGGCGCAGCUGAAGAUGAACAACAGCAACUCCCUAGGCAAGGCCCAGGAUAUCGCCAUCCAACUGCUGCGCGAGAACAGCCAAGACCCGGAUGCCAUGAUGCUGCGCGCGCGGGCCUUCUACGCCUCCGGCGAGACCGACCAGGCGCUCAAGCUGCUGAAGAUGUGCCUCGGGCUGGACCCGGAUAUGAAGCAGGCGGUCAAGCUCCUUCGCAUUGUACAGAAGCUCAGCCGCACAAAGGAUGAGGGUAAUGCUGCCUUCAAGGCGAAGGAUUACCGCCGCGCCAUCGAUCUCUACUCCCAGGCUCUGGAAGUCGACCCUACCAACAAGGAUAUGAAUGCCAAGAUUCUGCAGAACCGUGCUCAGGCCUACAACAGCCUGAAGGAGUACGAGUCCGCUGUGCAAGAUUGUACAGAGGCUCUGCGGCUGGACCCCGGCUACGUCAAGGCGAUGAAGGUUCGUGCUAAGGCCCAUGCCGGUAACGAUAACUGGGAGGAGGCCGUUCGCGACUAUAAGAACAUUGCCGAGAACAACCCCGGCGAAAAGGGUAUUGCCGAGGAGAUCCGUCGUGCCGAGUUCGAGCUGAAGAAGGCUCAGCGCAAGGACUACUAUAAGAUUCUUGGGGUUGGCAAGGAUGCCUCCGAGCAGGAGAUCAAGAAGGCCUACCGCAAGAUGGCCAUCCAGUAUCACCCUGAUAAGAACCGAGAUGGUGAGGCUGGCGACGAGAAGUUCAAGGAGAUUGGCGAGGCCUACGAGACUCUGAUUGACCCUCAGAAGAAGGCCGCUUACGAUAACGGAGAUGAUCUCAUGGACCCCGCUGACAUGUUCGGUGGUGGCGGUGGUUUCGGCGGCAUGGGAGGUAUGGGUGGAAUGGGAGGAAUGGGUGGUAUGGGCGGCAUGGGCGGCAUGAACGGCUCUCACGUCAACAUCGACCCCAACAUCCUGUUCAACAUGAUGAACGGCGGCGGCGGCGGUGGCUUCGCCUCUGCCGGUGGUCACCCCUUCGGAGGUCAGGCUCGAGGCGGCGGCGGCCAACAAUUCCCCGGUGGAUUCCCCUUCUAA